AUGGCUGCCAACAAGUUUGCAACCAUGUUACACAGAAACACCAACAAAAUCACCCUUGUUCUAGUCUAUGCCAUCCUAGAAUGGAUUCUGAUCAUCCUCCUGCUCCUCAAUUCUCUGUUUUCUUAUCUAAUCAUAAAGUUUGCUGAUUACUUUGGCCUCAAAAGGCCCUGCAUAUGGUGCAGCAGAAUCGAUCACAUCAUAGAGUCUGGGAAGAACAAGAAUUCUUGCAGAGAUCUUGUGUGUGAAACUCAUGCCUCUGAGAUUUCCAAACUGGGGUUCUGCUCCAAUCAUCUCAAACUGGCUGAGUCACAAGAUAUGUGUGAGGAUUGCUCAUCCUCAUCUCAACCAGAUUAUGUCAAACUCUCUCAGAAUUUUGAUUUCUUUCCAUGGAUGAAGCAGAUGGGUGUGAAUCAGGAUGAGAGUGUUGAUGCUAGUGACAUGGAAAUUGUGAAGGUGGAAGAGACUAUGAGGUGUUCAUGCUGUGGUGUCAACUUGGACAACAGAUUCUACCCUCCUUGCAUUUUGAUCAAGCCUUCUCUCAAUGUUUUGGAGUAUGACCAGAAGAAGAAUUUGGUGACAGAACGCGGGGUUGGUGUAGAGAUUGAUGAAGAUCACACCAGAUCGGAUAUUGUGUUUGAUCAUCAUGAGGAUGAACAGGGGAAUGAAAACAAGGGAAGCCACAUGGUGUUUGAGGUUGAUCAGGGUUUGGAUAGAAAUGAUGAGGAGGCAGAGAAGAUUUGUGAUUGUUCUGUGUGUGAUACUAGCGUGGAGAUUCUGUGUGAUGAAAGUUGCAAGUUGGAUUUGGGUGUGGAGAAAGUGAACGAAACAAUUGAAGAGGAAAGUUUGAAUGCCUCUAAGACAAAGGAUGAUGCUGCUGAUGAUGAUCAAGCUUGUCAGAAAUCCACUGCUCAAGUUGAUUACACCAGAGAGAUAACUGUGGAGACUCCACCCAUACAUCUGGAAUUUUUCAUUCAUGGUGAUGAUUGCAGAUUGAUUCCGGUUGAAUUGGUUGACUCCCCUGCAACAGAAAAUAGGAACCAAAGCAGGUAUAAGGUGGGAGGUGAAGGACUUAACUGUAGUGAAGAUUUUAUUCUGGACUUUGAUAAGAGUGCUGAUGCCGAAGCUGAACCAGUUGUUGAGAAUUGGCACAUUUCUGGGGAUAUUGUAGCAGAAUUUUCAUGCCAGGAGAAACAAAAUGUCUCCAAGGCAAAUGGGGCUGAAUCAGUUCAGUUAAGGACCAGAGGGCAGUCAUCGGUUUUUCAAGAAAAUUUGGAGCAGAAUUGUGAAGAAGUGAGAUAUUUUCAGACUGCUGAUGACUUGACCAAGGAUGAGACUGUUGAAGCAAACAUGGAAAGACGAGAUGCAGAACAAUGUUCAGAUGUUUCUCAAGUAUCUGAAGAUUCAUCACAAAUGCAAGGUGAGGAAUAUGAAGCAGAAGUCUCUAUAGGGACUGAAAUUCCUGAUCAGGAGCAAGUGGAUGAGUAUCAAAGCCAAGAUGUUCUUUUGGAUACAAAUCAGCAAAUUCAAGAAGAUCCAUCUACUAGCACAGUCAGAUUUAAUGUGAAAGAUAGUGGUGAUGACAGAGGUGAAGAGUUUGUAGAAUUUAAAACCUUGUCACUUGAAGUGAGAAUGCCAACAGUAAAUAACCAUUUGCCAUCUUUAUUGGAGCUUAAUGAGAAUGAAGAAGAAAAAGUUCCUGACACGCCCACUUCUGUGGAGAGUCUACAUCAGCUACACAAGAAAUUACUACUUCUUGAGCGGAAAGAAUCAGGAACAGAAGAGUCAUUGGAUGGAAGUGUGAUCAGUGAUAUAGAAUGUGGAGAGGUAACCAUGGAAAAGUUAAAAUCAGCAUUAAAAUCUGAAAGGAAAGCUUUGAGCACUCUAUAUGCAGAACUAGAAGAAGAGAGAAGUGCAUCUGCUAUAGCAGCCAAUCAGACAAUGGCGAUGAUAAAUAGGCUUCAGGAAGAGAAAGCAGCAAUGCAGAUGGAAGCCUUGCAGUAUCAGAGAAUGAUGGAAGAACAAUCUGAGUAUGACCAGGAGGCUUUGCAACUAUUGAAUGAGCUCAUGAUGAAGAGGGAGAAAGAGAAGCAAGACCUAGAAAAGGAGCUUGAAAUAUAUAGGAAAAAAGUUCAUGAAUAUGAGGUAAGAGAAAAGAUGGUGAUGUCAAGAAGAGAUGGUAGCAUGAGAAGCAGAACUUCGUCUCCCUCCUGUAGCAAUGCUGAUGAUAGUGAUGGAUUGUCCAUUGACUUGAAUCAUGAAGCAAAGGAAGAAAACGGGUUUUAUAGUCAUCAAGAAUGCAGCAACCAGAAUACCCCGGUAGAUGCGGUCUUAUAUUUGGAGGAAUCAUUGGCAAACUUUGAGGAAGAGAGGUUACAAAUUCUAGAACAGCUCAAGGUACUGGAAGGAAAGCUAGUUUUAUUGAAUUAUGAGGAAGAACACUGCUCAGAUGAUGCAAAAUCAGUAGAACUUUGUGAAGAAAAUGGGAACGGAUACCAUCAUGAUGAUCACAAAGGUCAGGUAAAUGGAUUUUCAAAUGGCCAUGCAAAGGAAAUAAAUGGAAAGCAUAAUCAAGGGAGGAAAAUCAUGGGUGCAAAAGCCAAGAGGCUUCUCCCACUUUUUGAUGCACUGAGUUCAGAAGCAGAAGAUGUGGAGUUGAGUGGAGACGAGUUAGAUUUCCCCCACUUGCAAAUCAAUUCAGUUGAAAAUGUUAACAUUGUCAAGAAAAAGCUUGAUUUAGAAGAGGAAGUGGAUAAUGUCUACGAGAGACUACAGGUGCUGGAGGCAGAUAGAGAGUUUCUAAAGCAUUGUAUCAGCUCUUUGAGAAAAGGGGACAAAGGGUUAGAUCUUCUCCAAGAAAUUUUACAACAUCUUCGUGAUCUGAGGAAUGUUGAACUCAGGGUCAGGAACAAGGGAGAUCUUGCAGUGUAA